GAGUCCGUCCUGCAGUCCGCUUCUCAGUCGUCGUCGUCGGUCCGAGACGGCGAACUCCCGCUGACCUACGGUCUCGGCACGCGAACCAAUCCCUACGAUAUUCGCUCCGAAUUAUCGUCCGACGGUCCGGCUUACGCCUCAGUAUACGAACAGAUAAGUGGCACCUUUAAGAAUAUCUCCGAUACAACUGACACCCAAACGAAAAAACUCUUCGCUGACUCGAUGACCGAUGCUGCGCCCUGUCAUGGCUCCGAUGCCACAAAUCACAUGACGAUAACCAGGUCGGAGCUGGUCGUGCAUUGCGCUUCACCCCCAUUGGUUGGUCUCAAUAGACUCGAAUGUACAGCCACCGGUGACUAUGAAGGUUCGGGUCUAACCAAGCACGUCUACGUUCUCUGUCCUGGCGGUGAAAAGGCGCUCCUUCUGACAGGUGGCGAAAUGAUUGGAAUUGCUGUUGGUGCCUGUAUCGCCCUCGGCUUCCUCAUCAGCGGCUGCAUUCUCCUUCGUCAGCGUAGCAAAGAAACGGAGGUCACUCCCAAUGGCUUCGCGUGUGGACAAAUGGUUUAG